AUGGGCGGCUUCCUACAUACGGUUGGGAGUCUUCUUCCCUACCAUCUUCUCUCCUAUGGUGCCCUCUUAGGGACGGAGGUAUACCAGAGCUUUGUCAAUACCAAGCUUUGUUUCCAGGCACUCCCGAUGCGCGAGUUCCUUGCAUUGCAGAAGCGUCUAUUCCCUGUGUACUUCAAAUGCCAGGUUUGCUUGGCUGCUCUGACAGCCGCGACACAUCCACCUUAUAGCAUUUUGUCCUUAGCUCGGGAUCCAUUGGUUGCAGUCCCACUUGUGGUGGUUCUCAUCACUGGGUCUUUGAACUGGUUUGUAUUUGGACCGCGGACUACUACGGCGUCACUCGUCCGACGGGCUCUUGGUGAAAGUGAGGAUAAGGCGGCAGACCCGAGCGAAGGGAAACUUCACCGGGCUAACCGAGAUUUCGCUCGCAAUCAUGCCAUGUCGAUUCAUCUCAAUGCCAUUGCUUUGGUUGCCACGAUUUGGUAUGGAUUUUCGCUGUCAUCGAGCCUUUUGCCGGAGGGUUGA